AAGCGUAAUGAUAAAAUGGAGUCUUAUAUCUGUGAGCAGUUUGUACACAAAAUCUAAUUAGUUUGAUGUAUAUAAUCAGUCUUAGACGUAAAAAUAAGUUACCUAAAAUCGAAUCAAGUAGAAUUACUGCCAUUAAAUAGUUCGGGAAAGUGUGGAAACAGUGUAAAAGUGAAAAUCGGAUUUUGGAUUUGCAGCAGUGCCUGACUGAUACACACAAUAUCAACGGUGUUCAUGAAAUGCUGUAGUGAGAUGAGCAAUAAAUACGAAACGAAGAUAUGUGCCGCCUAAAGCGAUGGACUCAUACGACUUGUUCGGGGAAGAUGGUACUGGAAUGUUGGAAGGCCUACCAGAACUUGGUGGAGCUGCAGGGGGUGGAGGUGCUGGGGGUAGUGGUUUUGACCCGGCACCGGUGACUGGCGCUCCGAGAAAUGCAACUAAUGCCUAUCCUACAGCUCAACAGCAACCUAUUUAUUCACAAGAGACACCACUUCAAAAAUUGGCAACUUUUGGUGGACCUGAUUUCAACCACAUGGACCCGAACGCGCAGAGCAUGUACGCCCAAGGUUAUGGUACUGACAGGCCAAUGGGACCGCCCCCAGGCGCUGCUUAUCAACAUCAAAGGCAGAUGGCAGUAAGGCCGCCUAGUGGAGCUGCAUCUGCGCAAUAUCCGUAUCAGACUGAUAACAUGUACUCUAUGCCUGAUGUACAGGUAAGUGGUAUGAGUGAUACAAGCAAUAUGCAAGCAGCAGCUGCUGCAGGAUGGAGUCACAAUGCUGCGGCGGCAGCGGCCGGUUAUCCUAGUAUGCACAGAUAUAGUCAGAUGAGUCAAUAUAGGCAGCAAUCGAUGUCAGGUUAUCCGCAUCAACAAGAACCCAAACAGCAGUUUCCGUCUGGUCAGCAUCCGAUGAUGCAGCAGCCACAUCAAACCACUUACCAAAUGCAACAACGACAUACACCCCAUUACCCUCAAGCGACAUCUGGGUACCCGACUUCAGCAGCCAGUCAGAGUUAUGCUGGAUAUAUGCACCAACGCUUACCGCAUCAUCAUCAGUAUCCACAGCCACAUCAUCAGAUGGAUAUGGCGGCAGUUUCUCAAUCACAGCAGUAUGCUCAAAUGAGUCAUAAUCAAAAUUUAACCCAUGCAGCACCUUCCACCGGUCAUAUGGGUCAAUCGCCUCACUCUGUAGGUCACACGCCACCCCAGAGCCAUCCUACACCCCAACAGCAAUCUCAACCACCUAACCCCAUGGCACAUCCUAGUAAUAUCGGAUAUAACCAAAGUCACCAAACAAUGCAGUCCAUGCAGAGACCUAUGGAAGUUCCGCCAAGUCAACAGCAAUUUCAACCAAAACAUUCGGCAGGUCCAAUGGGAAACGUUAGCCCUCAAUAUAGAGCACCAUUUCCUCAGUUAUCUCCUCAGAUGUCGCCAAGGUCUCAAAUGUCUCCAAGACCUACACCUACUUCUCAAAUGUCGCCAAGACCAAAUAUGUCACCAGCCAAACCGAAUAUGUCACCUCAUCCGCCGCCUAUGCAACAAAAUACACUGAGUCCUAGACCGACAGUCAGCAUAGCUCCUAAAGUUUCAGCUCCUUCGCCAGCACCUUUGUCUACUUAUUCACAACAAAGUACCUUACAAGCUCUUGAGCAGAUGGUUAUGCCACCUUCUAGCACAAAUUCAUCAGAAUAUCCUUCUUAUCAAUCUAGAAGUUCAUUAGGUCCUCCACCAGGUCCACAAAACCCAUUAAGUCCAGCAAUGAGUAUGAGAAAUCCCAUAAAUGAACCGUGGCCACCGGUUCAGUCACGACAAGUGUCACAUUUGUCUAGUUUAAAUGGUUCAAUGACUAUGAUGGAUCAAAAUCCGAUACCAACAAGUCAGUCAAUUCCUCCUACACAAUCUCUACCACCUUCUGGUAUGCCGAAUACCCAAAUGCCUCCGACACCUAAUAUAAACGUAGGAUUUUCUACUGACGAAUUGAGAAGUGAUAUUAGCAACAGUAGCAGUACAAAUUUAAUGGAAAUGCAAGUGAGGGAGAAGGAAUCUUCAGUUUCACAAAGCGUUCCUGUUAGUACUCACAAUGAAUUUACAUCUGUUCAGUCUCCUACUACAAGUAUACCUGAUAAAAUGCCUAGUAGUACGACAAACACAGAAGCUAUCGUACCGACAUCGAUACCUUCCGUAUCAUCUCAUCCUCCCACUCCAACACCUACAUCUACUACGGAUGAUAAUAUAACAAACACCCAAGACACUAGUCUUCCUUCUAAUAGCGAAUCUGUGAAACAAAUUGACGAAUUAAGUAACACAAGUUCCACAUCUCAGCAGCAAACCCCAAGUCAAAGUAGUAAUAAUAAUUUCACAGAUUUUAAUUGUGUUUCAAGCAUGACGGGGUAUCCUAGUCAACCCGGCACUCCGAAAAGUAACAAGAUGGAUGAUCUAGUACAAUCUAAUGCCUCAAUAUUUAGUCAAGACAACUCCGUAUCUCAAGAAUCUUUACCAGAAUCUAAUAAGUCUGAUCAUAGUUCAAUACGCUCGCCUAGGCUGCAGUCACCUAUCUCAAACAGUCAGAGCUCUAUGCCGUUGCCUUCUAGUGCGCCAAGUAGUCAAAGGGACAACCGUUCAGCGUACAACGUUAAUUACAACGUAUCUACUCCAUCGCCGACUCAAUCACAUUCUCUGGUGCAAAGUACUAACAGGGAACCGUCUAACACGAUUAUUCCGAGUAUACAGUCCAAUCAAAUGAUGACAUCGCAGAUGUUGCCAAAAAUAUCGCAACAUCUCAAUAGUAUUCAAAGUCAAAACCAACAACUUUCUCCACAGAAUCAGCCUGUAAUUAUUGAACAAAAUCUUAGCAAUAAUAACAGCUUGUCUAGUCCGCCUCCUGUCAAUGUUUCUACUCAAAAUAUAGUUUCUAAUCCACCCAAUGUACAGACUCUAAGUAUUUUACAACAAAGUAUUUCCACCUCAAACAACCUACCCAGCAUGGUUGCUAUAGAAAGUCCCAUCUCAGUGCAAAAUACACUGAAUGUUUCAGAGAGUGAUAAUACCACUACUCAAACUAUGCCUAGUAUACAAAGUCAACCUAAUGUACCCGCCCAGCCAAGUAUAUUGAAUAAACCAAGUAUUCCGAAUGUACCAACCAUACCAACACAAUCGAGCAUAUUAAACCAACCAAAUAUAUCGAAUCAGUCAAACAUGCCCAGUAUUUUAAAUCAAAAUGCGCCUAGUGUGGUAUCUCAAGUUAAUACGCCUGUGUCUAAUCAGAACACAUUGCUUGGACCACAGAAUAUCACUACUCAACCGUCUCCACAGAUCACUAUGCCAGUUCAAAACAACGUAAAUCCCUUAAAUAAUCCGAAUAAUUUAGUAACUCCGCCAAUUAUUAGCAACCAAACGAGUAUGCAAGGUAUACAAUCUCCACCGCCAGCUCAACCGACUAUUCCAAUAGUUUCUGGUUCUCAAGGUAUCCAGACACCUCCACCGAUGCCCCAACACGGUCAAAUAUCUCACCAAUUACCAACUACUAAUAUGCCAUCCCACGGCAAUAUUCCAAACAUACCUCCUGCAAGUAAGCCGGGGUUGUUCGAUCAGGGCAAUCAGAUGAUGAGUCCAAAUGGGAUUCCGAUCGGUCCGAAUAGGAACAUGCCUCCUAGAAUGACACCACACGGAAUGCAACUGACCCAUCCUGGAAUGCCUAUGGGUAUGGCCGGGCAUCCUGGAAUGAUGGGAAAUAUGGAUAGUAUAUUAGUUGGACCAGGAAUGCCUGGCUAUCAGACGCCAAUCAGUCAUCACCAAGAACGAGCCGCUUUGCAACAACAGCUACAAGAAAUGUACUGUAUGCCUCCAGGGGCUGAACACCAAGAAAAAAUUACUUUCCUUCAAGAGAGACUUAAUCUCUUAAGCCAACACGAGGCAAAUGACCAGUGUAAUGGUGGUGCUCAGUGUAUUCUUCAAAGUCCAAUAUUCAAUUCGCAAAUGAUUGACAGUCCUCAAGUAUCAAGUACAACAGGUAGAGGACGAGGUAAAGGACCCCCAAAGCCGAGAAAACCUCGUGUUAAAAAGGGAGAUAAACUUAUAGAACCAAAUCAAGUUGUUACUCCAGUUAACACUGUAAUGCCUAUGAUAACGCAGUCACCUCAACAAUUACCAGUGUCGGAAGAUUUUGUGACACCUGGAGCUGGUCUGAGUAUACCUUCUAAUGAAAUGUCAGAAUUUACAGACAUCGGAACAGAUACUGAUACUGAAAAGAAAAAGAAGGGAAGAAAGCCGCGAAUUCCGAAGCCCAAAGAACUGAAAGAAGGGAAAGAACUCAAGGCACCAAAAUCGCCAAAAGAACCCAAAGUUCCAAAAGAAAGGAAAAAGAGGGAACCAAAGGAUCCAAAGGAACCUCGGGUUAAACGAAAAUACGUCCGGAAAAAGAAACCCGGCGAGUCCGAGGAAAGUGCUACUGAUGAAUCGUUUAAUAAAUCUUCAGAAAGCCUUGAAGAGGUAUCGGCAUCUACUCCUUGCCAGACUUUAAAAACAUCCGAAGCUGAAGCCGAAGCUGUCGUACCUUUUGAAGCGAAAAUAGAUGAUCCAGAUUCACAAGCUUUACCCGAAAGUUCUGUUCCGUCAGAUACAACGACUACCGAUAAACCUGAAGAAAUGCAGGCUGAUUCUCAAACUCCAGCUGAGGGCAGUAUUUCAAAUGAAAAUGACGAUAAAAAAGACGAAUAUAAUUUCGAUGACGAACCGAGUCCAGAAAUUGUUGAAUUGCCAAAAAGAACCAAAAAACCUAGACCUCAAGCGUCAAAAUCAAAACCAGUUUCCAAUAAACGACCUAAACGAAGUGCUGGAUCAGGUCGUAAACGUAGAGGUACAAUUGUCCCUGAAUCUGAUGGAGAAAAUGAGGAUAUGAUCUCAACUCCUCCACCAUCACCACCAGACGAUGGUGAGAGUUCUUCUAAGCGUAGAUCUGCAAGAAACACUCAACGUAAAAAGUACAUAGACGAUGUAAUGUUAAGAUUUUCUGAUGAUGACGCACCUCCUACUCCUACGAGAAGCCGAAAAGCUCCAGUACCUGCUACACCUCCAAUAGCUACGACCCCAGCGGCGGCUGUAGCAGCUGUGGCUGUAGCUGCAGCUGCGGAAACUCCGCCGCCACCUACUCCGACUAAUGAGGACGGUACUCCAUCUACUGGCAAUACUGAUUCUAAAAACCAAAUGAAUUAUGUGUAUGUUAAUCCUACUGAAGAAGACUCUAUGGUUGUCCAGUACGUGUUAAGUGCUAGAAUGACUCAACGCAAAAAGAAAAAAGAAGUGCCUGUUGAACAACCUAAAAAGGAGAUUAAAGAAGGUGAGGAAGAUGACGAAGAGAAGAAAGAAAAGGCAGAAUUCUCGGAUGAAGAAGCCGAGCCAAAGCCUAAACCUCCAGAACCGUCUACAAUUGUAAAGGAUGACGAUGAUGACGAGGAAGAAAUGGAGGAAGUUGAAGAAUAUUAUGUUAAAUACAGAAAUUUCUCGUAUUUGCAUUGCGAAUGGAAAACAGAAGAUGAGUUGUUUAAAGGUGACAGAAGAAUCGCGAAUAAAAUUAAGAGAUACAGGCAAAAACAAGCGCAACAGAUGAAUAUAUUUGAAAACCUAGAAGACGAACCAUUUAAUCCUGAUUAUGUAGAGGUUGAUAGGGUCUUGGAUCUUUCAGAACACACAGAUGCUGCAACAGGUGAAAUUGUGAAACAUUAUUUAGUCAAAUGGAGGGCACUGCAGUAUGAAGAUUGUACUUGGGAGUUGGAAGAAGAUGUAGAUCCCAUAAAAAUUCAGCAGUAUGAAAAGUUCAGUAAGAUACCGCCUAAAGAUACUUGGAAAAUUAAAAAGAGACCUUCUCCAGAGCAGUGGACCAAGUUAGAAAAAUCUCCUAUUUAUAAAAGUGGAAACAGUUUAAGAGAGUAUCAAUUGGAAGGACUUAACUGGCUUCUGUUCUCUUGGUUUAAUAGUAGAAACUCUAUACUAGCAGAUGAGAUGGGUUUGGGCAAGACCAUACAAAGUUUGACGUUUUUGCACUCGGUGUGGGAAUGGGGCGUUAGAGGUCCAUUCUUAGUAAUUGCUCCGCUUUCUACUAUCCCGAAUUGGCAAAGGGAAAUCGAGAGUUGGACUGACUUGAACGUAAUCGUAUAUCACGGUUCAGCAACGAGUAGAAAUAUGCUACAAGAAUAUGAAAUGUAUUAUAAAAACGAAAAGGGACAAUUUAUCAAAGAUAUUACUAAAUUUAACAUCCUUAUUACGACUUUUGAAAUUAUCGUUACUGAUUUUGCCGAUUUGAAAGGUUUUAAUUGGAGAAUAUGUGUCAUUGACGAAGCCCACAGGCUGAAAAAUCGAAAUUGUAAGCUACUAGAAGGACUAAGACAGUUAACUUUGGAACAUAGAGUGCUGCUGUCCGGUACACCUUUACAAAACAACGUAAACGAAUUGUUUUCAUUGUUGAACUUCCUGGAACCAACUCAGUUCAGCAAUAAUGAAACUUUCGUCCAAGAAUUUGGCCAACUAAAAAGCGAACAAGAAGUUCAAAAGUUGCAGUGCCUUCUUAAACCGAUGAUGUUGAGACGAUUAAAAGAGGAUGUAGAAAAAUCUCUCGCUCCUAAAGAAGAAACUGUUGUAGAAGUAGAACUAACGAAUAUCCAGAAGAAAUAUUAUCGAGGUAUAUUGGAAAGGAACUUUUCGUUUUUAUCCAAAGGCACUACGCAUGCUAAUAUACCAAAUUUAAUGAACACAAUGAUGGAAUUGAGGAAAUGUUGUAUUCAUCCAUAUUUGUUGAAUGGAGCCGAAGAACAGAUCCAAUAUGAUUACAAAAAUCAACAUGGCGAAGAUACUGAUGCAUAUUAUAAAGCACUCAUACAAUCUAGUGGUAAAAUGGUAUUGAUAGAUAAGUUGUUACCGAAGCUAAAGGCAAACGGGCAUAGAGUUUUGAUCUUCAGUCAAAUGGUUAAAUGUCUAGAUAUAUUGGAGGACUAUCUAAUGUUCAAAAAGUAUCCGUUUGAACGAAUAGACGGUAGAAUUAGAGGCAACUUGAGACAAGCUGCUAUUGAUCGAUUUUCACGACCAGAUUCUGAUCGAUUCGUGUUUCUUUUGUGUACUAAAGCCGGUGGACUUGGUAUUAAUUUAACUGCGGCAGAUACUGUUAUAAUUUACGACAGCGACUGGAAUCCCCAGAACGAUUUGCAAGCUCAAGCCAGAUGCCAUCGUAUCGGUCAACAAAAGAUGGUAAAAAUCUACAGGCUCUUGUGUAGAAAUACGUACGAAAGAGAAAUGUUUGACAAGGCUUCGUUGAAGUUGGGACUAGAUAAAGCUAUUCUGCAAAGUAUGAAUACGUCACAAGGCGGCAAAGAUGCUGGUAAUAGGCAGUUAAGUAAAAAAGAAAUCGAAGAUUUGUUAAAAAAAGGUGCGUACGGUGCCUUGCUUGACGAAGAUGAUGGUGACAAAUUCUGCGAGGAAGACAUCGAUGUUAUUUUGGCUAGAAGAACACAAGUAAUCACGAUGGAAUCUGAGAAGGGUUCGACGUUCUCUAAAGCAAGUUUUGCCUCUAGCGCCAAUAGAUCUGAUAUAGCUAUAGACGAUCCAGAUUUUUGGAACAAAUGGGCCAAAAAAGCGGAGAUAGACACGACAGAAAAAGACGAAAAUGAAGACCUAGUUAUAUCCGAACCCAGACGAAGAACUCAGAUAAAACGAUAUGGCCACGAUGAAAGUGCUAUUGAUAUGUCUGAAUUGGAAAGUUCGUCUGACUCAGAUCCCGAAAAUGAAGGCCUUGGUAUAGGUUUGAGAACAAAGAAGAAACUGAGAAAGAGAAAAUACAGACCAGACGAUUAUAUUCCAAGAGAAGGAGAACCCAGAGGAGACAUUGUGUACGGCAGUUGGGCUAGGAGAGAAUGCUUCAUGGUAGAAAGAGGUCUGCUUACUUUUGGAUGGGGAAGAUGGCAGGAGAUCCUGAUGCAUUCCCAAUUGAGGAAGGGCUGGAAGGAAUCAGAUAUCGAGGACUGUGCUCGAGUAAUCCUGUUGUAUUGCUUGCGAUUCUAUCGAGGAGACGAAAAAAUUCGUAGCUUCAUUUGGGAUUUGAUAGCCCCAUCGGAAAACGGUGAACAAAAAAUUUCCAAAAACCACCACGGCUUGAAAGAUCCAGUGCCCAGGGGAAUCCGAAACAAGCAUAAAAAGAAGGACAAAGGCAUCUUAACCAAAGACCUUCGCCAUCCUGCUAUAACGGAUCCUAAUCAUUGGAGCAAGCACGAGAAAUAUGAUGGGGAUAUAUUUUUGGAAAGUAAUUAUAAGAAGCAUUUAGGAAGACAUGCGAAUAAAGUACUGCUUCGUGUGAGAAUGCUUUACUACAUAAAGCAUGAAAUAAUCGGAGACCUGGUCCAGCAAAUAGCCGACGGAGUUCAUGCGAGUGCCCUGCCGAUAUAUCCUCCUGUAACGGAGCAAUUACCUAGCGUGUGGUGGGAUGCUGAAUGCGACAAGUCUCUGCUCAUUGGCACUUGGAAGCACGGCUAUGAAAAUUAUACGGAGAUGCGUGCUGACCCUACCUUAUGCUUCCUGUCUCGUUGCGGACCGCCCUCCGACCGUGACCUUCAGAUGGCUACAAAUAACGCGCAACCCCAAACGCCCGCACUCAACGAAGAUGACGCCGAGGAUGACGACACUACAGAAGAAUCCAGCUUCAAAUCAAAAAACAGAGACGCUUCGGAGGCUAACUCUGAAAUUGCGGAGCCAUCUCCUGGUCCUUCGGCUUCAUCCGAAACCCAACCGCUUGAUAGCGAGGAUCGGGUGGGAGAAGAAGGCGAUGAUAAAAAUUGGCCUUCGAUAACUGAUCUCAAUACAAGGUUAAGGAGAGUGAUCACGUCGUACCAAAGAAACUGUCGCAAAGAGGAACAGAAGUUGGCCGCCUCGAAAUCGAAGACCCCCCAGAUAGAUACUGCUCUGUCCUCCCCCUUGGCCGCACUGGCGCAGGUGUCACAGCAGUUCGAUCCAAGAGACGCGGCCGCUCUGGGCCUCCAGGGAUGGGAUCUACAGCAGCUGGCCCUUUAUUUAUUGAUGGAACGACAGGGAAAACAAACCGUUGAUACCAUGCGAGAUCCUAUGAAAGAAAGAGAAAAAUUAACCAUUGGGAAACGUUGGACGAAGAGGGAAGAAGCAGAUUUCUUCCGAGUUGUGUCGUCGUAUGGAGUUAUAUAUUAUAGAAAGAAGAAAUCGUAUGAUUGGAUCAAAUUCAAGCAACUAGCGAAAUUAGAAAAAAAAUCAGACGAAGAACUUACUGAAUAUUACAAACACUUCGUUAUGAUGUGCAAGAAGCAGACAGGCAUGAACAUAGAAGACAGCAACUAUGACAAUACCAUCGAGCAUAUCUCGGAAGAAAAGGCACGGAGGACAUUGGAAAGACUGGAGCUGUUGUCGAGGAUUAGAGAAGAAAUUUUGACCCAUCCCAAACUCGACGAAAGGUUGAGGGUGUGCAUUACUUCGGCUGAUAUGCCUGAAUGGUGGAUUGCCGGCAAACACGACAAAGAUCUCCUGUUGGGGGUCGCCAAACAUGGUUUAGGAAGAACCGACUACUAUCUUCUUAACGAUCCUGAUCUCUCUUUUCACGAAGUUUUGCGCAAAAAGGUCCGUUCUGACAAUACCGACAAUAAGGAAGCCAUAAAAUUAGAAAGUCACGAAGACAUUCUCAAAUUCGACAAAGACGAAAUACUCGUAAAACUAGAAAAAGGGGAAGGAACUCUUAAAAUAGAAAAGGUCGUACCUAAAAAGGAACCAGUGGAAAAAAAACCCGAAGAAGACAGUAAAGUGAAUUUAACUAUAGUUAAGGGUGAAAAAUGUGAGAAAGAAAUAGCGAAAGAACAAGUUAAAGAGGAGGAAACUAAAGAAGUGAAACCGGAGGCAGAGGAAGAGCAAAAAGAAGUUAUUGAGAAAACCGAAACACUCACUGAAGAGAAAAAAGUAGUAGAGAUAAAUGAGUCAACGGAAAAUGAGAAAGAGAAAGAAAAUGAGCCCGAAAGUGAAGAUCUUUCAAAACCGAAAGAAGAGAAGAAAGAAAAUAAAGAGGCACUUAAAAAAUUGGCCGAAGCCGAAGCUGAUUUAUGUUCAAAACAAGCAGCAGAACUGAAAGCUAUGUUUCCUGAUCUGGAAGUAAUUCAACCGCUUUCGAGGUUAUCACAAGUCGACACCUUUGUACUAAGAGAAAAACCAACAGUGGGGGCGUUAGACUUUAGUGAAACAACAGUUGCACAAUUGUUCAAUAACGCCGUUAAGUGGCCUAAAGAAUAUGCUAUUCAGGUCCGGUUGCAACACAUUAUUUACGCCAUAGAAACAAAAGAAUGGCCCGUUACUAAAUCAUUUUCUGCAUACGCUACUGGUAUCGGUAACGAAUUCGAUAUACCAAUCCACGAAUUGCCUAGCGAACCUCCCAAACGAGAAACUUCUACACCAAUGUCUAUCGGAGACACAGAAAUAAUCUCCGUUAGUGCUGCAGACAGAUUCGCUGCCAACAAGAAACGUAAAAGACAUAUAGCCAUCGACGUCGAGACAGAAAGGGCUAAAUUACACGCUCUGUUGAAUAGCAGUCACAUGACGAAUCCGUUACCUGCCAAACAUGGAAUGACUUGGGAUAACGAGGACUCAGAAGAAUCUAGAAGGUCGACUCCGGUACAGCAGACUAACCUACAACCACCCCCUGCUCACCAGCAAGCGUCUAGGGUCAAUAUGAACACGUUGAAGAUGCCGUACGAUCUACAGUACCAUCCUCCAGUGGCUAAAACUAUCGGACAGACUACUGUCAUUCCUGGAACGAGCAGUACCCUUACGCCCAUUGAUUUGAGUUCAAGCAUUCCUAAACCUAUUGAAAAGUCCUCUUCUUCGCUGGAUAUGCAAAAUGAAGUACAAGAUUUCUCCGUUAAAAAAUCAUCGGCGUUGACAUCACAGUCGAAAGCUGGAAAUAAAUUGGAUGAUACAUUGUCUAAGUUGAUGAAAAGGAAAAAUUGUCCUGAACCAGAACCACUGAUCGGCAAGGAAAAGAAACGCAAAAAACUUGACGAAAUCGUCCUGGGCCUUUCGGCCGCCAAGGAACAAUCCCUAUUCACUCCCGAACCACCCAAAAAGCAACCGGUUGCGCCGAGCGUAACCGUAACUCCUACCUCAGCUCCCGUAAGCACCACACAUAAUCCCUCACAAAAACCGUUCACCAUUACCGUAACUUCUGUUCCUUCUACAGCUCCAUCUAGUCGCAGCAGCUCUCUCUCGCAGAACAUUUUGCCGUCUCUAUCUACUGCAGGAAAAGACAGUUUCUCCACGUUCCUGGCACAAGCCGAGCAACAGAAUUUGCUGUUGAAGAAACAGCAGCAACAACAGCAACAGCAACAACGGAAGAGUUACGAGGCGAUGAUUGCUGAUAUUGCAGGCAAAGACUCCUUCUCCUCGUUUUUGGCUCAAGCUGAAGAACAAAAUAUGUUGUUGAAGAAACAACAAGAACAACAGCAACAACAGCAGAGGAAGAGUUAUGAAGCGAUGAUAGCCGAUAUCGGUAAAGUAUCUGACUUCAGUUCAAAAGUUAAUUCUUAUUCCCACGAAGCCAAGGUCAACAAAUGGUUGGCAGAACAAAACGCUGCUUUGGCGGAACAACCGUUAUCCGCCGACUAUUUAGCUGCUAGAAGAAGAAGACCAAGAGUAGAUCCUACACUCUUGGACUGGAAGAAAUUGACAGGUGACGAGAAUGUGGCAGUUAUUCAUCGAGUGACCGGGAAAAAGUUAACAGGACCAAAGGCUCCAACUUUAAAGAGAUUAGGGCAAUGGCUUAUGGAGAAUCCUAUGUAUGAUAUAGAUCCGAAAUGGUCCGAGUUGGUGAAAGAACGUGGUAAUUUGAGUCACGAUCUACAAAAAAGGUUACCAGGUCAACCAAGCAAUAGCAGUAGCAGCGGUAGUGGCAGUAAAUCUAAAAGCAACGUACCUGGACGUCCACCUUUGUUAUCAAGUCCUACUGGAUCCACUUCCAGCGUCAGUUCUGCCAACUUAACAACAUCGUUACCGUCUAGCAUGUCGUUCCCAUCGUUGGGUACUUCAACUUUAGCAGGCCUUAACUCCAAUUUAUUAACAGGUCUGUCUGGUCUAGGACAAUUUGAUCCCAAGACAAAUCCGUUACUGAUGCCAUUUGCCGGAUUGCCCAAUAUGGGAGCAUUAGGCUCGAUGGGAGGUUUGGGAAAUCUCACUAAUAUGAAUCUAUUCGCAAACUUAGCAGGCUUGGGCCUGCCUGGCUUAGGAGCCAUGGACCCAUCGGCUCUGGCAGCAGCAGCCGCUGCUCCAGAAACGUCAAAGAACAUGUCAAAGUCAAGCAGCAGUUCUAGUAAAUCUAGUAAACCCCAAGACGCUCAUAACUCUAGUAAAUCUCAAUCUACCUCUAAUCUAGCCGCUACUACUACCAAUCCAUUCCCAUUUUUCUUUCCGAAUCCAAGCUUACUGUAUACGCCUCUCGGCUUAGGCGGCCUAAACCCAUUCACGUUACAACCGGGCAUGUCCGCUGCCUAUGACACGAUAGCACAACAAUGUGGAUUGUUGAAUGGCAAUUUGAACCCCGCAGCUUCGCCCAACAGUAGCUCGAAGUUGAAUAAAAUGCCGACUUCAAGACCACCCUCUGCAACAACUACCACAUCUUCAGGCCAAAGCGGUCAAAGCAGGCCAAGAUCGUCAAGUAGAGACGCACACCUUCAACAGCUACUCUUGCCACCCGAUACUCAAAUCCUGGAAAGCAUUUCUAAAGCAGCCAACAAUCUAGAUAUCACCCUUAAGCAAACGAAAACCGACAAGAAAGAAGACAAACGAAAAGCAUUGGAAAACUUGCGGGGAAUGUUACCAACUGACUUCUCGAGUUCCAUAAAAGAGAAAAAGACUGCGUUGCCAAACUUAUCUGACUUUACGAAGCUUUUAGAAGCUCAAGUGAGUCAGACCACCAAGAAAUCUCACGAACAGCAGAUGAAGGAGGCAUUAGAGCACUUCAGCCGGACGAAUAUCGAGCUGAUGGCGAAAGCUAUGAGUGAAGAACAGAAUAAGUUUCUCACAUCUACGUCGGUGGCUUCUGCCAAGAGACACAGAGAAUCAGAAAUUGUGGAAAAGCUGAGUGUACCAGAAGUAGAGCCAGAGCAUCCUCCACUCAAGAAGGCCAGAGAAGCAACUGAUAAGUCGCGAACUCCUACGCCUCUUCCGACUCCACCGACUCCAACCACAACGCCAACACCCAUGUCGACGCCCAGUGUCACGCCCACGAUGGUAGUACCAUCGUCUAUAGCUCCACCUCCUGUUCCCGUUCCUGUUCCUCCGGCGAUAACAAACGACCAGGAAGGAGUGGACAUCGAGGCGCUACUAACGCCUUCAACGGUUGUGAAAGCUUCGGCAAGUCCCCAGAAAGGGGAACAUGUCGAGAAAUCACCAGAGCCUAGAGCUGUGGAUCUCCAACAGGAAGCUGAAUCUGAACCGACUGGGCAUAAGGUUCCCCCUGAGACUGCUGACACUUCACGCAAGGAAGAUCAGUCCAAACCUGAAACCUCAGAGGAGUCCGAAACGCCUCCGAAGAAGAACGCAAAGCGAACAAGAGGCAAACGUAAAUCGGGGGAACUACCGAUCGAUCACGAAUCCGUGAUCGCGAAGAAGAAUCUACGUUCUAGUGCUAGUCGAUCUGCAGCCGCUGCGGCCGCCAGGCAAAAAAUGGAGGCUGAAAACGCGCAAAGGGAGAGUGAGAACAAUUCGUAAUUUAUUUUUGUUUUAUAAUUUUCGUGGAUUGGUUAGUGCUUGAACCAUUAGACAUGGCGAUGGGUAAGCUGUAUUCUAACGAUAUAAACUGACAGAAAGAAUGAAUAUUAUUAUUAAUUUAACCUAUUUAUUUUGGGUGUUCAGGUGGGUCUGAAAGUUCUUUUCGUUGCCCAAUUUUGAGGGUUGUACUUGAAGAAAAUGGAAAGAUCUGGUACUUAUGCAUAAUGUAUAGUUAAUUUAAUUGUUGCAGCGAGUAUAUAUGUUAAAGUUAGGUGCAUUAAUAUAUACCGAUGAUCAUUACGUGGAUGAGAUACCAGAUCACUUCGUUUUCUUCUUAAUUCUGGAAUUUCUGAUAUUAUGUUUACUUCGGAAUAAGUUUAAGUGAUAUUUUUUUAAUAUGUACAGUAAAACGUUAUAUUAUACAGCUUAUUGUGCCUAGUCGUCAAGAUGUUGUACAGUUUUGUGGGUAUUUGGUGAACUGUGAUACAACGUUCUUUGAACACUUCUAAAGUGAUUUUGUGGUGUAUAUUUGUCAUUAAAAACUUAUGAUUGUUAAAUAAUUACGCUUGAGAUAAAGAAAAAUCAUGUAUUCCCCAAUUUUAAUGAUAACAAUAUUUAGAUAAUAAUUACUGAAAAAUUUAGUAGGCUUAACGAUUGACAAGUAUUGUUAUGGAACUACCCAAUCAGGGAACGGUCUGACAGCGGCACUAAGCAAAAUAUGAUCAAUGUGGGGAAAAGGGAACAUCGUGCAUAGUAAAUCUUUAUCGGUAAUAUCAAAAUAUUUCCUUUACAGUGUAAUCUAAUCGAUAGUCAAUUUAAUCCCAGUGGUAAUAUAUGACUGUUGAUCAUGAAUUCAUAAAUACGAUACAAAACCUUAAGUGAGCUUUAGUGAUUUAGACACGUUUAAAGAUAAUCAGUUCUUCUUACCAUCCUCAUUUUUGAUUUCAUUAUAUCUAGACUUUUUUUAGAUCUCGAUAGCUUCUUGGAUAAUCUCUGGUUUGAUUUAAUGAAUUCGAACUGUACGUUUGCAAUUUUACAAAUAUCGGAUUUAAAGGCAAGACACUAAGUGAAAGUAAACAAUUUCAUAUUGAUAGCAUUUCUAACAUUGCCCAUUUCAAAUUGUCGUGUGUGGCGCCACAAGUCAUUUGUCAAACUGUCGUUCCUUAGACAUAAUAAACUUUUAAACAAUUUGAUUAUCUUCUUUUAGACAAUCGUGUAAAUAGGUAGUAUUUCUGCAGCAAUUUCUAGCCUGAGCGAGGGAUUGAAGAUUGAUGCCUGAUAAUGGUUUCUUUUCGUUUUUUAUUUAAAUUUUUGAGAAUUUAUAGAAUAUGUUAGUAAUAAAUACCAAAGACAACUAAAUAUAUUUGUUUCGUCAAUACAAAAUUGAUACAAUUCGUAUUUUUCUUAGUGUCACGACAAUAUAUUUGGAAUAAAAAGACUGCAAUGGCUGUAUCAUUGAAUAUGCACAAAUUGGUAAAUAUUCAACCUAAGGAAUGAAGACAUUGUAGUGUAAUUUUUAUAUGGGAACACAGUGUACUGUUCGCGUAUAUCAUUCAUGUUAUGAUUAGAUAGGUUGUUUUUUUUUUCAGUUCCAGUAUAUGUCAGCCUAAAGUGUUAUUUUUUAAAUUAAUAAUCAAACAUUCUUACUAGAAGAGUUCAAAUCUUAGAAAAUUUUGAAUGACGUAUCAUUUAAUGUCAUUCUGUCGAUUGUCAUACAAAUAGUAACAUAACCUAUCUUGAUAUAAUUCGAGUUUCUAACAAUUCGAGCAGUAGUGUCUGAAGAAAAAAAUUGUCCAAAUGGAUCUCUUAUAUUACAUUGUAAUUAAAAACAUAUUCCUAACAUAUCUAUUCAUUAAAACAAAUUUUAAAACAGUUUUAACAGCAGUAAACAGUUUUUCUACAAAAUAAAGAUCUUUUUUAAUAAAAUACUUAAUGAAAAAACAUCUGCAACUCGUUCACAACGAUGCACUCUUCGUACUUGUGGUGCCAUAUAUUAUCCCCUUUUUCCGGGUACCGAGAAUAUUCCGACAAGUACCGGGUCAUGUCAAAUCAAAAAGAGAAUUUAAGAGCAUGCAAGAUUAAUUGAAACUGUUUUUUUUUUUUUCAUAUUGGGUCUGCUGACUAAUUUGCACAUGUAGUUCACAAAUCACAUUCAUCAGUUCCACCGUAUAGUUUAUUAUCUCUCUCUCUCUCUCUUUCUUAUCUUCUGAUUCCUACAGUAUUAUUCAGUUGAUUUACUAUGUAAAUCAGUUCCUCGUGAUCAUUAAGGUUGCAACUUAAUGUCUGUAUAGUUUAUUAUUUCUGACACCGACCUCGAACGUUUUUUAUAGGCCAAAAAUUAUUACUUAUAGGGUACUUUAAUUAGUAUUUAGAGUACUGAGUAUUAUUGUCUAUUAGUACAUGUUAUAUUCUUCAAAAUUUCUUCCUCUAUCGUAUCAUAACAUGAGCAACCAAUCCAUCUAAGUUUCUUACGGUUUUUUUCAAAUAUAUCAUGGGCUAAUUAUUAUUAACUAGGAUAUUUUAAGCACAAAAACUCAGUCAUUGGGGUGUUUCUUUUUAUUCAAAGUCUGAAUGUUUUUGAGGCUCGAAUGUGUUUUGAGGGCGCUUCUAAGACUGCGUCACUAAACCAUUUUAUGUAUUUACAUUAUAGGUUAUCGGAAAAAAUAUUUCUCGACUUGGCGUUAAUACGUUGCCAUAUUACGAACGUAGAUACGUCAUAAAUUAAAAAGAUGAAAUCAAAAUUAUGUAGGUUAAAUGAAUGUAUCUGGAUAAAAAUGUGUUAGUGACUCGUUCGAUGAAUAUGUAGAAAAAUAUCUAGUAUUAGCCGUGUAUACUUUUCGUCAGAAAAUAAUGUUAGGUAAUUUUAUACCUGAAUAAUCCAAGAAGCGUUCUCUCUUUGUAGAAAUGUAACUGUAAUACUAGAGUGAGCAUAUCAAUUAUAUAAUCAUAUAAUAUCAACUCUUUUGAAGUAACAUAUAACGUAUUUUUAUGUCCACAGAUUUCUUGUUUAUUACUUUUCUCUUUAAAAUACGGAAAGAGGUUGACUUAAUUUGCAUAUAAAACAUUUUAAAUUGAAUUUAUUGAUUUUUUUUAUUAGUUAAUAAAUAAGCUUAACCUCUCGACGUUAUGCAAGAGCAGCAUGCAAGUAUAUGUGACGGUCAUUCGUAAAAUAAGGUUCCCAUGAAUUUUAAAAAUAAACCGCUUUAUUUUUGUUCUUAGUCGUAAACAUUAUUUUAAAACUUACGCUAUUUUUCUACAUAAUCGCCAUUUCUCUUUUUUUGAAGACGAUCUCUAAAUUUUCUAUCCCCAUGUUAUAUAAUUCUACCGCCAGUCCUUUGAAGAAACGAGUAGCCUCUUCCUUAACUUAAUCAUCGGUACUGCAGCGUAAGCCACCCAAGUGUUCUGUAACUUUGGGAAUAUUGUUCAGUUUGAUGUGACACGAGGUCGAAAGUUUUCAUAGAGAAGCCUCACACCAUUAGGUUCUGGAUCGCACGUCUCUGUCUUUUAAAUGUCUCUCAAUAUCUGUCACAAAAAUUCGAUUAACAGUAGACCCUUUCUGUCCCAAAAGACGGUGAUUGCCAUGACUUUCCUAACAGGCUACAUUUGUUUAUAGUUUUCGCUUCGGCUAUAUUGAGUGACAUCAUUAAAGCUGCUUGGUUUCAGGUAUAAAGUGAAACACUCAUGUUUCGUCGCCUGUGACAAUGGACUCCAAAAUUUAUUCCUUGUUGCCUUCACAUUGUCGCAAUAACUGCUAGACACACUCGACACAUUUCUGUUUGUGAUUUUCUGUAAGCAGUUGCGGUACCCACUGCGCACACAUUUUGUGAUAGCCUAAUUUUCCUGUUAAUAUCUUAUGAAUUGUGGUGUGGAAAGUCUCAGGAAUACGAAAAGCAAGGUCGUUAAUGGUGAACCUCAGUUCUUCAAGCGGUAUUCUUUUAAUUUGAAGGCAAUUUGAAAAUAAAAACCUUCCGCUCCGAUCUUCAUCGUAAAUUUUCGUUCGGCAUUUACUGAAUUCUCUACACAAUUUGAACAUUUUGAACAGAUAUGCACUUUUUUCCCAUAAGCUUCGAUUAAUUGAAGAUGAAUGUCAAUAGGUGAAAUCCGUUUUGCAGAUCACAGCACCAAUUUCGCAUCUGGCGGUAACAGUGAUCGGGACCUCCAUCUUCGGAGCUGCUAGGCCUGUACAGCGAGCAUGCUAAAUUUUAAGAAAUUUACUGGAAAUUAUAAUAAUUUUUAGACAUUUCACAGAAAGUUUUUGUCUCUUUUUAAUCAGAAUUCUUGUCAUUCUUCUUAUAAACACCUCUGUUUUAAUAAACAAACCUACGUAGCUAAUAAUAGACAGGGUACACCCUGUCUAUUAUUCCGAUUGCCGAUUCAGUGAGUUUGAGAAUAUUUUGACGACGAUUGCCGGAAACAUACAAUAUAAAAAAUCCUACCACUCAUUAUUAAUAACUAAAAUAAACUUAUUAUUGCAGACUUCUUUAAUUGAAAACAGAAGAAUAACCAUGAAUAAUGGAAGUGUAUAUUCAUUGAUGUUUAAAAACUUGUCAUUUGUAAAUACUAGUCUAUGAAUAACUAUAAAAUUUUAAAAAUACCUUACAUUUGUUUAAUUUCUUUAAUAAUUGAUUAAAUUUUGUUUUUUGAUAAACUGUAUGUGAAUAAUGUUUUACUUUUUUAAAAUUAAUACUGGCUAUGUACUCCUGCUUGGAUAUGUAUCUUACAGUUGAAAUUAAAAUUUGACCAAGUACAGUAAUUGAUAAAUUUACUGGGCAGUUGGGACUAAGUUGAGUGAGUAGAGUAUAAUUGUUUUUUACAUUCGUCAAAAUAAUAUUUCUAACAUACAAUUUGUAACAAUAGGAACAUUACAUUCUUGAUCUAUCGUUAAUAGUAAUUCAUUGUAAGUGAAACUUUCGAGUAGACCUAUUGCUCAAUCUGUUCCUUUGCGUUGUACAUAUAUUGAAACAGUCAUCCUAGAAUUACAGUUACAUUGAUGUCAUAUUAGAAAGAAAAACGAUAUUUUUAACUUUAUUCUGUUCAAUUCGCAAUGUGUAUAUAUAUAAAUAUGUAGGCAUUCAUUUUUUAAAUACGGUGUGAAGAGUGUAAAUAAAAAUCUAGUGUUUUUUUAUUUUCUUCUUUUUUCAAUGUACGUCUUGUAGUGGAGUCAUAU